UUUAAAAUCAAGCUUUUACACCUCUAUAUAUACCUCUCACAUUCAUCCUCUCUUUCACUACACUCAAUACAUUCACCUCUUGCUCUAUCUCUGUAUAUUUUAUUCAAUCUUUUCUUCAAGUUCCCAUUUUCCCCAAUGGCCAGUGUUGAGGUUCAAUCAGCUGCAACAACAUUGCCAGAGAACGAGACAACACCAGAGGUAACCAAGGUUGUGGAAACGCCAAAAGAGGAGCCAGCGGCCGCACCUGUAGAAGCUGAGCCGGAGACAACAUCAGAUGCUCCGGCUGCGGAGGAAACCGAAGUUUCCAUAGCCGAAGCUCCAGCUGAAGUCGAUACCAAAGAAGUGGUAGAAGAAGAAGCGAAGGCUGCUGAGGAAUCGGAGAAAGCAAAGGAGGAGGUAAAGGAUGAGACCCCGGAGGUGCAGACAGAAACAGUUACAGAGGAGGCCAAAGUAGAGACCGAGGAACCCACGGUGGAAGCAGCGGUGGAGGAGAAACCAGCGGAGGAGGAAAAGGGAGAUGAAAAAGCUGAAGAGAUUCCUGUUGAGAAAGUUGAAGAAUAGAGCGACCAAUACCAUACGUAAGGUGGCAAAAGCUUAAAGGAGCUUCUUUUUUCUAUAGGCUGUAUGUCAUAGUUGGCGGAGUCAUACUACUAUUAUUUAUGAUUACUAUGUAGGAUGUGGGAUGAUGAGGGCUUUCUUUUUCUUUAAUGGUUGUUUUUCUGCUUUGGGGUUUGAUAUUUAGUAUUGAACUUCCUUUUGGGUCCAGGGGUCAACAUGCUGAUGGACGAAACUAUAGGUUUUCCAUUUUGAAGUGGUAUGGAUGUAUGUAUGCAUGUGUGCAUGCAUGCACGCACUUAUGGUUUUCCGUCCCAAGAGAGUCUAUAUGAUGAGUUUGAUAUUGGUGUGAUGAGAUGUGAUCUCCAUAUUUGCAUAAUAAAUAUAUAUUUUUGUUUAA